CGCCGAUAAACCGAACAGAAGAGCGUCAGCUGUAUUGACCACGUGACAUUUGAAGAUGGCUGCCUGCGUGGAGAAAAAAAUAAAUUCAGAUGAACAGGAGUGGAUACUGGAGCCUCUGUGUUUCCCUGAGCAGCCUGCUACAGACAUCGGCACCAACUCAUCCUCUCAUCAUGACAUGGAGGUGGUGACCUGUGUGCUCUGCUCUCACUCCGCCCCUUUGUCAGAGAAGGACCGCCUCCUAAAGCACCUAGUACUGGUGCACAAGCUGGUCAUCGCUGAUGUCAAACUCAUCGCUGACUUUCCUAAAUACAUGGAAUACUGGAAGAACAGAAUCUCUGAGCAACCCAUCACAGAUUUCUGCAGUGUGAUCAAGACUAACUCGCAGGGCCCUGUUGAAAAACAGGAGCACUACUUCCUUCUGUGCGAUGUCCUGCCAGAGGACAGGGUCCUCAGAGAACAUCUCCAACAGAAACGACUGGAGGAGAUCCUGGAGCAGCAGCAGAGGGAGAGGGAUGACAACAGCUUCCAGCGCAUCUGCAUGUUCUGCAAUGACGAGUUCAAUGGGAACAGGUCGUCACUGCUCAACCACAUGGCCAGGGAGCACUCGUUCAGCAUGGGACUGCCUGACAACAUAGUGUACUGCGUAGAGUUCCUUGACCACCUGCAGAGCAAACUGGAUAAUCUGCAGUGCCUGUAUUGUGAGAAAACAUUCAGAGACAAGACGACACUGAAGGAUCACAUGAGAAAGAAACAGCACCGCAGAAUCAAUGGCAACAACAGCGAGUAUGACUGCUUCUACAUUAUCAACUACCUGGAGCUGGGGAAAACAUGGGAAGAGGUCCAAUCUGAGGAUGAUCGGGAGAUGGAAGAUGAAGAUGAUGAUUGGUCAGACUGGCAGGCUCACCCAGUGUGUGCUGUGUGCCUGUUCUGUGAGCAGCAGUCAGAGAGCAUGGAGAAGAUCUACACACACAUGGAGGAAACCCACGGAUUUGAUCUGCACAAGUUGAAGACCGAACUCAAUCUGCGGUUCUACCAGCAGGUCAAACUGGUAAACUACAUCAGACGAGAGAUCCACCAGUGCCGUUGCUAUGGUUGCCAGGAAAAGUUUGGGUCCAAACCUGAGGUUAUACGUCAUGUAAUGGAGGCAGGUCACGUGAUGCAGCUACCAGAGACGUCAACCUGGGACCAACCACAGUAUUACUUCCCCACCUAUGAGAAUGACGCCCUCCUCUGUGCCUUGUCGGACAGUGACAGUGAAUCAGAACACACAGGCCCUUGGAGAGACGUCCCUGUCAUAGCUGAGGACAUCUCUAACCUGAAAGUCCUGAAGCAGACCAGUGUCCUCAGCCACCUUCUGAAGAACACAGACAGCUCUAGUUAAAAAGCUGGAUGGAUGGACCAAUGAUGUUAUAAACUCAGUGGGGAAUGCUCAGGGGAGAACGGCUCAGAGGGACACAGUGCAACAACUUCUCGCUUCGCUGUAUCUCCAACAAGACGGUGAUGCCCAUCAGACACUGUGCACUUAGCAGACCAGCACACAUGUGCAGAAAUGAACAUGGCCUGUUUCACAAGAAUUUCCUGAGCCUGGACUACAUUUAUGUAUGAUUUAAUGUCAUACUUGGUACAAAUCACCAUGUACAACAUACCUGCAGGUGGAUUUGUUUCAUAUAGUAUGAUUGCUGACAAACAUGACCUCACUGCAGAGAUGUGACAAUUGCUAAAUGUAAAUAAACAUUAUGAAUAUACUAUAA